AUGUGGGGACCUGGAGUCAGGGCCCAGGGCCUGUCGCCGGUGCGGGCGCCGCCAACACCACCUCUGCUGCUGCUGGUGGCGCGCGGCGGGGCGGCGCGCGGGGCAGCGAGGGCUGCGCGCGAGGCGACGGAGGCGGCGCGCGGGGCGGCAGAACGGCGCGCGGGGCGGCGGGGGCGGCGCGCGAAGCGUCGGGGGCGGCAGGAGUCGAGGAGGCGGCGGGUGCGGCGCGCGGGGCGACGGAGACCGUACGCUGCGAGCCGCCGCUGCAUACCUUCUCCGCGAUCGGCAGCCGCAGCGGGGUCGGGGCGGGAGGGCGGCGGGCUCUCUGUCCCCUCCUGCGCCUCAGAGCACGAGCUGCUAGUCUCGCCUGCCUUCCUGCAGCUGCCCAGCUACCGGGAGCUCAAGUAUCUGUCAGCCUACAAGGGGUCCAUGCGGCUGCAGCAGCUCAGCUCCGGGGAGGUGGUGUUGCCCACGUCGGUGCUUGCACGGCCGCCCUGGAAGCGGCGGCACCACGGACACGAGGCAGCCGAAGGCUGCUUCCCGCUCCCCCGAGCGCCCAGGACCUGACCGCGCGGGCA